GGGGGCGGGGAGGAGGAGGAAGGCGCUGGCGGGCAGUGAUGGCGGCUGGUGAUGGGGACGUGAAGCUAGGCACCCUGGGGAGUGGCAGCGAGAGCAGCAACGACGGCGGCAGCGAGAGUCCAGGCGGCGCGGGAGCGGCAGCGGAAGGGGGAGGCUGGGCGGCGGCGGCGUUGGCGCUUCUGACGGGGGGCGGGGAAAUGCUGCUGAACGUGGCGCUGGUGGCUCUGGUGCUGCUGGGGGCCUACCGGCUGUGGGUGCGCUGGGGGCGGCGGGGUCUGGGGGCUGGGGCCGGGGCGGGCGAGGAGAGCCCCGCCGCUUCUCUGCCUCGCAUGAAGAAGCGGGACUUCAGCUUGGAGCAGCUGCGCCAGUACGACGGCUCCCGCAACCCGCGCAUCCUGCUCGCGGUCAAUGGGAAAGUCUUCGACGUGACCAAAGGCAGCAAGUUCUACGGCCCGGCGGGUCCAUAUGGAAUAUUUGCUGGUAGGGAUGCCUCCAGAGGACUGGCCACAUUUUGCCUAGAUAAAGAUGCACUUAGAGAUGAAUAUGAUGAUCUCUCAGAUUUGAAUGCAGUACAAAUGGAGAGUGUUCGAGAAUGGGAAAUGCAGUUUAAAGAAAAAUAUGAUUAUGUAGGCAGACUCCUAAAACCAGGAGAAGAACCAUCAGAAUAUACAGAUGAAGAAGAUACCAAGGAUCACAAUAAACAGGAUUGAACUUUGUAAACAACCAAAGUCAGGGGCCUUCAGAACUGCAAUUCUUACUCCCUUUCACAGAAUGUCCAGAGUCUUUGGGUUUGAUUCACCUUCUGCGAAAAACAUUCAACAAAUUGUGUACAAGAUAAAUUAAUCUCACUAUGAAGAUUUGAAUAACUAGACAUUAUUUAUGCUGCCAAACUCAUUUGUUGCAGUUGUUUGUAAUGUCUAGUGGGGCUUCAUCAUCCUGAAAAGAAGGAGACAGGGAUUUUUUUAAAGAGCAAGAAAGUCACAAUAUUACUUCUUUCCUUCCUUUUUUCCUUCUUUCCUUUCUUCUUUCUCUUUCUUUCUUUUUAAAAUAUAUUGAAGACAACCAGAUACGUAUUUGCUACUCAAGUGUACAGAUCUCCUCAAGAAACAUCAAGGGACUCCUGUGUCACAUACUGUGUUUUUAUUUUACCAUGGGUGAGGGAGGCGACCUGAUCAGGGGAGGUGGGGGUACACAUCAAUUUGAGUAGUUUAGGCUACUGAAACAUUAAAAUGUGAAUUCCCAAACUUUUCUUCUUGGCUUUGUCAGGGAAAAGAAAAAUAUCUUUGUAAAGAAAUCUUUGGAAAUUAGGAGAAGGAAUUUCAGGUGGGUUUAAGUCAGAGCUAGAUCCCCAACAGAAAGAUCAUUUGAAACCAGUUUUUAUCCCUUCUCUUUCCUUCCCUUUCCCUAAAUCAAAUCAAUAUUAAUUGUGCCUUAUUUCACUUAACAUAGACUUGAAUUAUUUUUAGGGAAAGCCCCUAUAAUGAAUUCAGAAAUCACUACAAGCAGCAUUAAGACUGAAGUUGGAAUAUUCUGUUGACCAUAAAACCUUGAUACCAUUCUGUGUAUAUAGAAUGUAAAAGGAAUAUUACAGUGUUAACUGCCAUAUAUGUAAUAUACACAAACUCAAUUAGCAUUGUAAUGGCCAAAUGCAUUCCCCCGUGCUUUUCUGUUUUCAAAAAAAUUGAAAAACAAAUCAACUCUUAUCCCCAACAGCUGCCUAAUUUUAGGAGUCUGACCCUCCACAUCUCACUGGUGUGGGUGCAUGGGGCUGUGGAGUGGGUGUCAGUAUGGAUGUGUCUGAAUGUGUGUGAGAGGCCUUGGAAGGGACUCUUUCUGCAGAUACUGUAAAUACAAGUACCAUUUUAAUAAAGCAUGUACAAUAAACCAAAAUAA